AUGACGUCCAUGGAUGAAGAAAUUUUCGAUAUUACCAAAAAUGAAAGACUUUCCUUUGUUACCGGACCUAGGGGAUCCUCAAAAGUUAGGCAAUUUGAGAAUCAAUCUGGCGCAAGAAUUCGUGUUGAUAGUGAACCAUCUAACACAAUGAUAAGAAUUUUUGGAAAUUCAUCUCAACGUGAGGAAGCAAAAAUCUUGAUUAGAGAUACACUUGAAAAAACCUCUUUUAUUCCAACAGUCAGUUAUUUUAUCUUGUCUGAGUCAAGUUUUGAUAAUAACAGACUUAAAUUUGUCGAAGCCGAUGAAGAGUCGUCAAAUGGAAGAACUCGUUACUUCGUUAAAUUUAUAAAAGAUGAUGAUGAUGAAUACAAUGAGCCUGAUGAACUUGAUGAAGUUAAUAUUGAAGAUUAUCUUCAUAUUACUCCUUGCCAAUUUAACACAUUCGAUAAACUUGAUGAUUGUUUAGAUAUAUUGUCAUCAAAAUUAAAAUCAAAUUUUAGGCAAAGAUCCGCAGAUUCCCUUUUUUCCGAAAAAAUUAUUUUAAAGCCCAGAAUAUUUUUUGGCAAAGUCCUAUUUUUUGAAAUGGAUAAUCCCAAGGAUUCUUUUACUUUAAGGGAUUGGUAUAAAUUUAAUGUCUUAUCAGGAAGAGGUCGUCGAGGAAGCACUGGUGAGGAUAAUGGAAAUCGUGAUGGUAAAACUGUUAAUGUUGAAUUUCAACAAGAUUCACCCCAAGUUUACGAAGAUUUCAAAGUACUUCAACAAAAAUUUGGGUUCAAAGUUCAUCAUAAACGACCUUCUAAAGACAAAACAAAAGGAUGCGUAUAUAUUUACUAUACUCCAACAUCAACAAAUAAGAAGAGAAAAUUGAAAUUACGUUGGGAUGAAGAUGAAAAUAAAUGGAAAGUAGUAAAUCAUUCACACAGCAUUAACCGUCUAGCGAAUUUUGAUAUUGUUUCUGGAUCAAAAGCACCCGACUUUAGAUUUUCGCUUAAAACCCAUUAUGAUCUUUCUUCUGAAGGUUCAAAAGUUGAAGAGAUCAUUAAUAAUAUUCAAUUUUCUAAUUCUUUUGCUGAAAGAGAUGGAAUGUGGUUUAAAUCCAGUGAUUUUUCUGAUACUUUAAUGCAAAAAGCCGUAAUUCGACAAGUUAUAGAAAAGAAAAGUUUCAGGAAUGAAAGUUAUCAUAUUACAUUCGCAACUAUCAAACAUUGUGAUAUUAACAACAGAAUCUCCACUCAAAAAUUGAUCACCUUGAAACAUCAUACUUGGGCUCAAAGUGUCACUUUAAAUAAUACAGAAGCAUUUAUGAAUAAUGUUUUUGACACACUUAAUUAUGUUCAAGACAUGAUAUCAACUUUGCUUUAA